UUUAUAGCUCCAGUCUCAGGUGACACCCUGGCUACUAGGUGUCUACCAGAUGCUAUAGUAACAAAGAACGUCUCACCUUGAACAUGACAGCAGAGGGAACCAGGGCUCAGGAGGAAACCAGGCCGCGUGCCGAUUAGCAACGAUCAUGGCUUUAAACAGUAAGUCAAGUGCAACAAUAUCUGUCAGCCUUCCAAGUAUUUCUGCAGCAUCCUUACCUACAAAAGACUAUGUUAGAGACAGAAAGCUGGAUACAACCCAUGUGAUUAAUAAUGGAGAUGCUGCUAUCCGUAUUCAAAGAACAUGGAGAUGCCACCGCAACAGAAAGCUUUUUAAACUGCUUAAACAUACAGCUCGGGCUGCUGAGACACAUGCAACAUAUGCGAUUCUGAGAAAAGUUUGCCCAUUGGAAGCAGAAUUGCUAAGAGAUCCUGGCAUGCAGUGUAAAGUGAGAUUCAGGUUUGCUGGUUGUGAGUUCCCACCUUUUAUUGUCUUCAAAAUUUUCCACCAUUCACGUGGCUGUGGAUCACGAUACAUAAGUGGAAAGAGAGUAAUUAGUCCUUCAAGUGAGGCUGCAUCUGAUGCCUGUAAAAUGAUGGGACACCGAGCAUAUUAUGAUCAAAUGAUUUGUGAUGAACUUGAUUAUCAGAAGAACAGAAUAACAGAUAUAAUGGAUGUGGCAACACUCAAAGAUUAUAUGCAGUACAUAAGUUACCUGGAUGAGACCCCAGCCCAUUUUGGGGGUCGUGACAACUGCUGGAGGAGGCUCUCUCUGAAAAGUCUGCCCCGGACUACAAUUAUGUAUGAUAUUGUGGACUAUGCUGAAUCUGGAACCUUAUCAGAUAGACUUAAACAUGACAUGAAAUUACUCCUGCAAAUCCCUCGCACAGAAGAUGUUCAACUGAGACAACUAAGUGCUGUUACUCAAGUCAGAUCACUAGCACCUCCUCCUUCGCCUUCAUCAGCAGUGUCAUCUCACCAAGCUUCACAAUAUACAGCAGCUCUAAAGCACUCAGCCAGGCGUUCUCAAAAAGCUCGCCUGAAAGUUGCAAAAAUGAGAAGACUUUAUGGACUGGAGAAACAAAUGGAUGAACACAGUGUGGAUACAACACAUGCUUAUAGCAGCCAAUUCUCAGGUAGAAAACAUACAAUGGAUGCUGCACUUUCAGAUGAGGACUGGGAUGAAGAAGCACAAAAACUUUACGCCUGGAGCCAAGGACUGUCUCUGGAUGAUACAGAAAUACAAAGCCCUCUUCUAAUACAUUAAAGGGACUGAGCAUACAAUUUUCAAUUUACUUCUAUUAUCUAAUUUGUUUCUUCCUCUUGGUAUACUUUGUUGAAAAGCAUACCUAGGUAGGUUCAGAAGCUGGGAGAUAGCUGCUGAUUGGUAGCUGCACAUAUAUACCUCUUCAUUGGCUUACCGAUGUGCUCAGCUAGCUCUCAGUACUGCAUUGCUGGACAUUCAACAAAGGAUAACAAAAGAAUGAAGCAAGAUUAAUACUAGAAGUAAUACCUAGUACACCUAGGUAGGCCCAGAAGCUGAUGAUCGUGGCUGCACACAUAUGUCUCUUGUCUGUAGCUUUCAGCUAGCUCCCCAGUAGUGCAUUAUUUCUCUUUUAACAAAGGAUACCAAGAGAAUAAGGUUUAAAAUUGUAUGAUCUAUGUGAAUCAUGAACUUAUGCCACUUUCCCCAGAUUGCUACUUCUUUCUGUGUAAAUACCUUGCUGCUUAUAAAGUAUGUGCAGAUUUGUCCCUUGUAUGGAUAGUCCACUUAAUUGUGUUUUUUUUUAUGUAGUUAUUUGUUAUUGAAUUACUCACAGAACACAAAUUGUAAUAUAAGUUCACUAAGAAUAACAAAUAAAAACUACUUAAAGGUCAA